AUGGGUAAAAGUAGGGCGAACAACGUUGUGAAAAAUAAGGGCAAAGUCAAAAAGGACACAAAAGGAAAAAGGUUAAGUAACAAUUGUAAUAAAAGGGAAAGAAAAAAAGAAAAAUUGAAAAAAGCAUGCAAUACUUCAAGUAGUGAGAGUGAUAUUUACUUUUAUAAUGAUAUUCAGAGAUGGAAAAAUAACAUUAAAGUACCAGUGUGGCUCAAAAAACCAAAAGAUAAAGAAUCGUUAUAUGAAUUUUAUAAAAAUAUAAUAAGGAAAUUAUUAAGAGUUAAAAAUAAAAUAAGAGCAUACAAAAUACAAGAAUCGUAUCUAAUGGAUUGUUUACAAAAAUGUAUGAUAGAUUUAAAUCUAAAUUCAACAAACGCACCGAAUUUUAUGAAUUAUGAAUUAUAUAAAAAUUUAAUUAACAGUCAUCAUGAUGUAAACUCUUCUUCACAGCAUGUUGAUAGUUCUCUUAGAAUCGAUACUUGUUUUCCAAAUAAUAACAUAACAGAAGGUGGUACAACCACACAUAAUAACUUAGUAUUACAUGGUUGUAAUACCAAUGUCGAAAAAGAUUUGCAUUGUGAAGAUAACAUUUGUUUCAGCCAGUCUGAUGGGAACGAAAUGGACAGGGGGAAAGACACUACUGGUGGUAGCGCAAAUAGUGGAAAUAGCGCUAGUAGCGGUAAUAGCGGCAAUAGUGGCAAUAGCGGCAGUAGCGGCAGUAGCGGAAGUAGUGGAAGUAAUGGAAGUAAUGGAAGCAGUAGCAAUAGCUGCAAUGGAAACAAAAGCUCUAGGAGCUUCAAAAAGGAUGACAUUCAUUCAUGUGAGAUUAACCUUGUGGAAAACCUUAAAAUGGAGUGCAAAAAUAAUUCUAUAGAAAAGGAUAUAAAAUACUUGUUAGAUAUGUUGAAGAAGGUUCUAUUAAUAAAAGAAGACAAAAAGAAAAAAGACGAUUUAAUGAGUAAAGUUUUCAACAAAGUAAUAAUUCCUGGUGGUUUUUUUGAAAAUAAUAAUUUUUGCCCCAUCUUUAUGAGCUUGUUAAAACUAGAUUUAUACAAUGCAUGUAAUAACAAUGGAGAACAGUUAAAUUCAAAACUGAUGAAUCUUAUUAUGAUGUUAAACAAUUUUAAUGAGGGUGCUCCUCAGUCAACUACAUCUACGAAAGGGCAGAAAGAAGAACAGAAGGAGGUAGCAAAAAACCUAGCAGAAGGACAAAAAGAAGAACAGAAAGACGUAACAAAAGAUAUAGCAAUAGAAGGACAGAAGGAAGAACAGAAAGACAAAACAACAAAUCACGUAUUGCCUGUCAAUUCGCAUAAGGAAGAUUUAAAUUUUUUAAAAAGUCAGUGUUCAUUAUAUAAGUUAUCUCAAUACUGUAUAGAGAAGAAUGUAAUAGUAAAUAAUGAGAUAGUCUCAUUUGAUACUGUUUAUAUUUACUAUGAAAAAAAAGAUGAUACUACUACUAAAUGGACCGAAAAAUUAGAAGAAACAAGUAACCAUAAAAGUUAUAAGUCAUAUAAUGUUAAGUCGUUUGAGGGAAUGCUAGACAUUUCGAGGAAGAAACAUUCGUCACUGUGUUAUCUUGAUAAUAAAGCUGCUAUUCUGAAAAAUGAUGGUCAUGAAUGUAGAGACAGUGGAGGUGUAGAUGAAGAUGAAUAUGAUGAAAGUGUAAAUGAAGAAGCAGAUGAUGGUAUAGAUGAUGAAAAUGUAAAUGAAGAAGCAGAUGAUGGUAUAGAUGAUAAAGAUGCAUAUGAUGAAGGUGAAAAUAAUGAAUGUGCAAUUGAUGGGAAUUCCAAAAAUGCUAAUUGGCUAAAAGAAUGUGAAAAUAGGUCGGGUAUCUUAUGUUCAAAUGAUAGUAAACUGGUUGAAUGCCCUGAUAAAUGUAAUCGGAAUGAAAUUUUUUCUUUGUCCAAUGAUUAUAGUUCUAAAGAGAAUAAUCCUACAACACAUUUUAACAAACUAGUAGAUGAUAAAGAAGUAUACGAAAUUUCAAGUUGUAAUGAUGAGGAUCAACAAACAUGUGAAAAAGAAAUACACUCUUAUAAGAAUUUAAGCACAUAUAACAAAAUGGAGGUUAAUAAUACUGGAACAACAUCGAACAAUAUUUUUAAAAAUGGAAACAGGAUGAAUAAAGAACAAGAAGGAGUUAAUGGUCGAAAGAAUCAUCUGGCAUAUCAUAACGGAGGUGGAAACGUAACUACAAGUGAGUACAAAGUUAAUAAAGAUAAUUGCAAAAAUGGAAAAAGUGGAGGAGAAAAUGUGAGCAUAUAUAAUCUACAAGGAAAGGAAGAAAUACAUAAGGGUACAAACAUUGACUCAUCAUAUGUAAAAAAUUAUGAUAUAUCCGUAGAAGAAAUUUCUGACGUGUUUAUAAAUAACAAGAAUAUAUGUACAGGUCAGGAGAACAGUGUGUUAAAUAUAGAAAGUAAUCAAUUAAUUAGAGAUGAUGUACAGAACAGUAAACUAGAAUACAAUGAACAGGGUGUAUACAAAAAGGGCGCCAAGAAAAAUGUGUGUAGAAGAAAACCAUGCCCAAGUGAUAUGCGAAGAGGAGGGCACCUUGAUGAAGUCAUUGUCUCAGAUCUUUCCUUAAGAGAACAAAAAAUUAGUAAUGGUAAUAAAAAGAAAAAAUAUAUGUGCAGCGAUAAGUUUGAGGGCAACUACACCCCAUUAACGUGUAGUAGAGGUGCAAACAACAACAGCAGGAGCAGCAGUAAUGACAACAUGAAUUGCAAUGUUGAAAAUGAAAAUUGCUCAAAUGAAGAAAACAAAUGUUACAAUGUAAAUACGGGUGAAAGCUUUACUAGAUGUAAAGGAUUAUAUGUUAUUUCAUCGAAUGACGAUUAUGGAAGUUUCAAGUCGUGUGAAGGGAGUGAUUGUACGAAUAGAAGUAGUGGUAUGAAUGGAAGUAGUGGUAUGAAUGGAAGUAGUGGUAUGAAUGGAAGUAGUGGUAUGAAUGGAAGUAGUGGUAUGAAUGGAAGUAGUGGUAUGAAUGGAAGUAGUGGUAUGAAUGGAAGUAGUGGUAUGAAUGGAAGUAGUGGUUUGAAUGGAAGUAGUGGUAUGAAUGGAAGUAGUGGUAGGAGUCAAAGUAAAAACAAAAUGCAUGAUGAAAAAAAUUGUGAGCACAUUGUUAUAGAUGAAGAGGGAAGUGAAGGGCACCCCUUUGAGGAGGGUUUCACAAAUAGAAGCGAGUUUAUAAAUAAGUAUAGCUUUAAAAAUGAGUGUAAACAUGAGGAAAAAAUUGCAAAAGCAUGGCCAAACACUAAUCAUUUUUGUAAUACACAUUACUAUGAUAACUUAAGUGCUUAUAAUGCAAAACAUACCCCUAAGGACUUAUCAAAUCCUGAAACUAUAAUUCUAGAAAAGUAUGAUACAUUACCAUAUGAUGUGUAUAUAAGGAAUGUAAAUACUAACAAGGAUAAGAUAAAAAAAACAACUAUAAAGGAUACUGCUAGUUUAAACAAAGGUUGUUUCAAAAUAAGUGCACACAUUAAUACAUCUGAUAAACAUAAUAUCGAAUGUUGUUCUACUAUAUCAGAAGGUAGAAAUGACAAAAUGUAUGAAGAGGAGAAAACAAAUAUAAAAACAUAUGAACUAGAUUCCAAUGAUUCAAGAAAAAAAGAUAAGAGUAUAUACGUCUUUCAAAAUAACGAAGAGAUGUGCAGAAAUAGGAUUGAUAUCACAAACGAAGAAGGUAAAGAAGUGGGUGGAAUGAAAAGCGAAACGAACGAGGACGAAGAAGAAGAGAGAAAAAAAGACAAAAAAAAAGGGGCAAUGUCCAUUUUAAAUAUUGACAUAAAUAAAGCACAUAAUGCAGUACUAGAAGGAUUGAUGGAAUUUUUUGGUCUUAAGAACAAAAGGCUGUCGAGAAAAAUACUAAUUAACGAACUGAUAAAAAUACAGAAUUAUUUAAAUGAAGAAAAGGAUAAAUUAGCAAAAGAGAAUACCAUCAAGGAAAUAGCUCUUUCUAGUGAUGAAGUAGAAUUACAGAAGGAUAACAUUACUCAACACAUGUCUUCUUUAAAUAAAUUUGAAAAUGAAAAUUAUUUCCAUUGCCAAAAAACAAAUAGUGUAUAUACUAGCAAAAAAUGCAAUAUUAAGGAUAAUAGGGUGAACAUAGACAUGCUAAGUUUUCAUAACGAAAAAUUUUACACACAUAGAAAGGAUGAUUCCUAUCAUAAUAAUUGUACGUACUUAAAUGAUGAUUUAUUGAAUAGGGAAAAAGAUAAAUUACAAGAGGAUUACAUAAAUCAUAUGAGAAGCAAAAUAAAAAUGAUGGAAUUGAAAGCUCUCUUUGAACGAAUAGACGAGGCUAUUACUGUGGACGAAGUUAUAUAUACAAGUGUAAUGGAGGAGAAGAAAAUAGAAUACAGUAUUUUAAAAAAACAUCUAAUAGAUUGCAAGUUGAAUGUUAACAGGGAGAUUGUCUUAUCAUACUGCAGGGAUAGAAAUGUUGAAGUUCACCUGAAAAGGAGAAAAAAUCCAGACGGUGUUUAA